AUGGUCCCAACGAACCCGUAUUCGGCUUCCAAGGCUGCUGCAGAAUGCUUGGUCAGAGGGUUUUCGUUUAGUUAUGCUGAGUGAUUGUCGAUGACCAAUCAAUCGCUGCUAAAAAAGUUAGUAUGAUCCUAACUUUUUCAAUAUUUUUUGGUAGUCAAAUUAUAGUAUCUUGUUCAUGAAAUCUUGAUUAGGCUCUGCUAUGCGAGUACAAUCAGUACUAGGAUUCAGGUUUAAUUCUACCACCCCUUGAGCUUCUCCUCGAUAUUUCCUCUUUCAUUUCCCUUUCCGCCUACCAAGCAUAGUGGUGCGGCCGAACAACGUUUUCGGACCUUCUCAGUGGCCAGAAAAACUUAUACCAAAGUCUAUAGCGUUGUUCUCGCAGGGAAAGGCCUUUCCAGUACAUGGAGAUGGUAAAUCUACUUAUUCCUAGUGUGUGAUGAGAAAAUGGAUCUGUACUUGCCACGAUUCUUUCCCUUUCGCGAUGGAAAAAUGGAUCUAGGUCUAGUACUCGUCAUAGUGUAUAAUGUUAAUGAUCUCUCUGAGCCCUGUUACUGCACCUGUUAAUACACGACUGUCAUAAAAAUGAUCCCUUCAAUGAUGAUCCAGGUCUCAACACCCGUAGUUUUCUCUAUGUCGAGGAUGUGGUCAACGCUUUUGACGUGAUAAUGCGAAAAGGCGAGUGUUUUCAGACCUACAACAUCUCACAACCGCAAGAAAAGAGCAACCUAGAAGUUUUGAAGUCUGUCUUGGUUGCGUUGGGCAAAGCAGACAGCGUCGACUCAGUGGAUCUCAAAGAUCCUAGGUUUUUCCAGUAUGUCAAGGACAGAGCGUUCAACGACAAAAGCUACUUGACGACGAGCUUGAGACUCGAAGCUCUGGGUUGGUCAGUGCAGACUAGUUGGGAGGAAGGGAUUGCAGAAACAGUGAAAUGGUAUCGUCGAAGAUCAACAUUUCCGCUUCGACUACCACUUCAUCAUACCCUUUAUGUCACCAGCGUGAUCAUGACCUCUAUAAUCAGGUACACCGUCAUCAUGACCUCUAUGUGCUAGAAGUGGUCAGUACACUUAAAACUGUAGCUCUCCAGCGUCACCUUUAUCCCUCAUACUCAUGACUUCUAUAUAUAUUCAGGUAUCAUUUAUCCCUCAUACAACCCUAGGUAUCUCUCUCACCCCGAACACUUUGGUGACGUGAGUGACGCACUGCAGGCCCAUUAUGGCUGCUUAUCGAAACAACUACCCGCAAUCGCAUCCGAGGAUGGGGUAGUCCAUGCGGAGAAGCUACUCCCACAAUUCCGCAAGUUCGCUGAAGGGAAGAAGUUUUGAUUCUCGUCGUCAUAUUGCUUCGCGAAGGUGAUUGAUUCAUUCUCAUGGAGGCCAUAUCGCGUGAAGAUGGAUUCUCAUGGUCAUAUUUCAUUGUCAAGUAUGACUUUUCACCAAGUUUCUGUUGUAUACCUGUUGAACUACGCUUUGUUACCUCAAGUAGUGCAUACUGUCAUUGUCACAUGAUAAACAUGCAUGAUGGAGACUCGCAUUCAGUCACAUGGUAGUCUGCAUGAUUCUCAACAUAGUCCUCGUGAAGGUACUGAUUCUGCGAUUCGUAUCGUGAAGAAAGACAAGUCGAUGGGGACUUGAAAUACGAGGAAAGAGCGAACAAGAUGUUCCAGGAGAAGCAAACCGAACAAUGUUAACGAGGAUGCGUUAUAGAUCUCUACAUUUCUUUCUGACAUUGACGUGCUGCUGGUAUGUUCAGCAUAAUCAUGUAUCUGCAACGGCGAAUACUACUAGCUGCACUAGCAGUAGCACAUGACUGCGAACAAAAACAAAAACAAACUCGUGGGAUUAAUGUCAUCGUGAC